ACGCCCUCUGUCUUUUGCAGAAUUGCAUUAUUGUGAUUCCCCAGCCAUUCUUGUACUACCAGUACGCGAGGAAAAUGAAACUUUCUUGUCAAUGGCCCAGCAUAUCUGUCCUCAAAUCUGCUCUCAUGAUUCGGUUUCCUUCCAAGGGAGAUGCUCUCAUCAUCAAGCUUUUGCUUUGGUUCUGUGAUGGGUUCACAUGCCAGACUGUGCCACUAGGUUAUAUAAACUUCCAUGACUCAUGCUCACACAGCCAUAGUCCACACUGUAGUACUGCAUCUGGUUAUGUCCAUGGGAAUAGUUUAAGCAUUCCAAAUCAACCUAUUCUGUUGACCUGUAAACAGGUCCUGGAUCAGGUUCUUGGCACUUUUGGAACUACUACUGCAGAUCUUUCGUAGGUGUGCAGUUAUUUUCUACAAGGGAUUUCUGUGAAAAAGAAGGAAAAUAGAAAGAAUCCGAAGUCAUGGAGGGUGGCAGCUCACUCAUUCCUCAAGCAAACAGUAAGGCAUCGGAGUUGGAAAUGCUGCAGAAACAGCAUGAGGAGAAGACGAUGAAGAUUCAAGAGCUGAAGAGACAAAUUGAAUCAGUGAAGCUCCGUUUGGAGAAGAGAAAGAAGGAAAUACCCGAGGAGAAAAUGGAAGCGUUCAAGGUCUUGAGUGAGAAAUAUAACAGCCUGAGAGAUGAAUACAAUGCACUGCUGGCCGAGAAGUUGGGGGAAAAUGAGUAAACCGACAUCGCUACUACUCCAGUACUAGUUUUACAUCUUUGAAAAAAAAUGUCUAACUUGAAUGCAUUUCUUUUCAAUGCUACAAUGUUACCAUUCAUCUUGGGCUAGACUGAUAUGUAGUUAAUUCCGGUUUCUCUCA